AUGCAAAACCAUUCAGUGAUAACAUUAUUCAUCCUGCGGGGACUGACGGAUGACCCUCAGGUGCAGAUUUUUCUUUUUAUCUUUCUCUUUCUUACCUAUACAUUGAGUGUUACUGGGAAUCUGACUAUUAUCACCCUCACCUUGGUGGAUCCCCACCUGAAAACUCCCAUGUAUUUUUUUCUUAGAAAUUUUUCCUUUUUAGAAGUUUCAUUCACAAGUGCCUGCAUUCCCAGAUAUCUAUACAGCAUGUCAACUGGGGACAAUACUGUGACCUAUAAUGCAUGUGCCACUCAGAUAUUUUUUAUCACUUUCUUUGGGGCAACAGAACUUUUCCUUUUGUCCUCCAUGUCUUAUGACCGCUAUGUGGCCAUCUGCAAACCCCUGCAUUACACAACCAUCAUGAGCAGUAAAGUCUGUUACCAGCUCAUCUUGAGUUCUUUGCUGGGUUCACUGACUCUCAUUCUCCCACCACUGAGCCUGGGCCUGCAGCUCGAAUUCUGUAGUUCUAAUGUCAUUGAUCAUUUUGGCUGUGAUGCAUCCCCAGUUCUGAAAAUUUCAUGCUCUGAUACAACUUUCAUAAAAAAGGUAAUUGUGAUCUUUGCUGUACUAUUACUCAUGGUCACAUUAAUCUUAGUGGUUUUAUCUUAUGCCUACAUUGUCAGGACUAUUCUAAAAUUCCCCUCUGCCCAGCAAAGGAAAAAAGCUUUCUCUACUUGUUCUUCUCACAUGAUUGUGGUCUCUAUGACUUAUGGCACCUGCAUCUUCAUCUACAUCAAACCACCUGGGAAGGAAGAGGUGGCUUUGGACAAAGUAGUUUCAGUGCUUGUGACCUCAGUUGCCCCUGUGAUGAACCCCUUUAUUUACACGUUGAGGAACAAGCAGGUAAUACAAGCCUUUAAGGACUUUGUUAAAAGGAUGAUAUUUGUCACCAAGUUAUAA